AUGGCUUUCAAAUUCUCUCUCCAACUCCAAGUACUAUUCCUGCUUCUGGCCUGCAUUGCACCUCACGUGAUCUUAGCACGUGAUCUCGGCACCCACAAAUCAUAUCGACGUCUAUUUCCUCAAUAUCUCGAAGGCAGUCGCAAGGGCCACAACAUCCAAGGAAUCCACGACGUCAAGCUUUACCUACAACGUUAUGGUUACAUGAGUGCCAAUAGUGUCCAACCCAACGACAAUGCCUUCGAUGACGCCUUGGAAUCGGGCCUAAAGAAGUACCAACAAUUCUUCAAGCUUAACGUGAGUGGCAUUUUGGAACGGGAGACGUUAGUUCUGAUGUCCCAACCUCGAUGCGGGUGUUCAGAUAUGUUCGACGCUGAGAAUCAUGAGGUUAACAAGGCCAACACUUCUUCUCACUAUACAUUUUUUCCAAGAAAUCGAAAAUGGCCUGCCAACAGGCACUACCUGACGUACGGAUUCAUCCACAACUUCCCGACAAACUUCAUGACGCCGGUGGUUCGAGCGUUUGAGGAUUGGGAUUUCAACACGCUGUUCAGUUUCACGCAAGCGCCGCACGUCCAAGCGGCUAACAUCGUGCUGAGCUUCGAGAGAGGGUAUCACGGCGAUAGGUUUCCGUUCGACGGAAGAUGGGGAGUGUUGGCGCAUGCAUUCGGGCCGAACGACGGGAGAGUUCACUUCGACGCGGACGAGAAUUGGGUGGUGGGGAUGGUGGCUGAUGGGUUUGACGUGCAGAUGGUGGCGCUGCAUGAGCUAGGGCAUGUUCUUGGCCUCAAACACAGCGCCGACAGUCAAGCCAUCAUGUGGCCCUACAUGGAGCCCAAUACGGUCAAGGGCUUGAGUGGUGAUGAUAUUGAGGGAAUUCGUGCCUUAUACCAGUCCUAG